CAGAAGGUGCAGAAGACGUAUGUGACGGUCCACUUGUGUCCAGUUUGCCGCCGUCAUCCUUCAGGAGUUCCUCCCAGCUGUCCGGCAGCCAUGGGCCGGUGUUUGCCAAAGUCAACAGGAGAGAAGGAGCUGGAGGUUGGUCUCCUCUGGUCUCAGACAGAUACCAGUGGUUGGAGGUGGACCUGGAGAGGCGGACCCAGAUCACAGCUGUCGCCACACAAGGACGAUACGGCAGCUCUGAUUGGCUGACGGUCUAUCAGUUGAUGUUCAGCGACACGGGACACAACUGGAGGCAACACCGUCAGGAGGACAGCUUAGGGGCUUUUCCAGGUAACAGCAAUGCGGACACGGUGGUCCAGUACAAACUAGAACAGCCUGUCGUUGCUCGUUACCUCCGCCUCAUUCCGCUCGACUGGAACCCGACUGGGCGAAUUGGACUGAGACUGGAAAUAUAUGGAUGUCGAUAUACUUCUGACGUGGCGAACUUCGAUGGCAGCAGUUUUCUGCUCUUCAGACUGAGCUGGACGGCGAUGGAGAUGAUUUCUCUGAACUUCAAGACCAUGAAGAAUUCUGGGACCCUCCUUCACGCAGAGGGACCGGGAGAUCACAGCCUCACUCUGGUGUUGGAGAAAGGACGACUGCUGCUCUAUCACCAACAAGGUGUGAGCUCAUCCUCUGGCGGUCGGCUUCUUGCUGCUCUGGGAAGUCUGCUGGACGACCAGCACUGGCACCAUGUGAAGCUGGAGCGCUUCAGUACUCAUCUCAACCUCACUGUGAAUAAAAACACACAGCAGGUUCACACACCAGCUGAGCUCAACCGCUGGGAUAUUCACCAGCUGAGUGUGGGAGCAGUCCAAGGCCACGGACUCCAAAAACCUGUCUUGUCCAACAGGAAUUUCCACGGAUGUCUGGAGAACCUGUUCUACAAUGACUUCAGUCUCAUAAGCCUGGCUAAAAAGAACAACCACCAGGUCACUGCAGUGGGCAAUGUGACCUUUUCUUGUGCUGAGCCAGUAGCAGUCGCGAUGACAUUCACCGACUCCCAGAGCUUCCUGCAGUUACCCCCACUGACACCGUGGUCAUCUGGGGUUGUCGCUGUGGCACUGCAGUUCAGGACGUGGAACAAAGCCGGGCUGCUCUUGACUUUUGAACUCCCUCAGCUGGAAGGCACAGCGUGGUUGUACCUAAGUGAGGCCAGACUUCGGCUACAGAUCAAUAAAGCAGACAGGGCCAUCCUGGAGCUCAGUGCAGGUUCAGGUCUGAGUGACGGUCAGUGGCAUUCAGUGGAGAUGACCUCGAGACACGAUUGUCUCAGCAUCUCCGUGGACAAAGACGAAGGAGCGACAUCUCACAGCAGCGUCCCUCUCUCUCUAACCACCGAUUGUCAACUCUUCUUUGGUGGUUGUCCUGCUCCUCAGCGGAGCGGUCAGGAGUGUAGAAACCCUUUCACCGUGUUCCAGGGCUGCAUGCGUCUGUUGACUCUGGAUGACCAAACCGUGGACCUGAUUAAGGUGCAGCAAAGACUGCUGGGAAACUACAGCCACCUGCAGAUCGAUAUGUGUGGCAUCAUUGACAGAUGUUCCCCCAGUCACUGUGAACAUGGAGGGAGAUGCACUCAGUCGUGGAGCACCUUCCACUGCAACUGCUCCAGCAGCGGCUACAGCGGCGCCACCUGCCACAGCUCGACACACGAGCAGUCGUGUGAGGCAUACAAACACAAAGGCAACACAUCGGGACAUUAUUACAUAGACGUUGAUGGCAGUGGACCAGUCAAACCCCAGCUCAUCUACUGCAACAUGACAGAGGACAUGGCGUGGAUGGUGAUCCAGCACAACAACACAGAACUCACCCGGGUUUAUUCGUCUCCUGAGCUAAACCAUCACUCAGUCUACUUUGACUACGAUACGGAGGACGAGCAGUUGACUGCCGUCAUCAGCCAAUCAGAGCACUGCGAGCAGGAGCUGGUCUACCACUGCAGGAAGUCCCGCCUCCUCAACACACCAGAGGGUGCUCCAUUCACCUGGUGGGUGGGAGGUCCACAUCCAGGUCAGGUCCAGUCAUACUGGGGUGGAGCUCAGCCGGGCAGCCGUCAGUGUGCCUGUGGUCUUCAUGACAGUUGUCUGGAUUCUAACCACUUCUGUAACUGUGAUGCCGACUUCAACCAGUGGACUAACGACUCAGGCCUACUCACCCGUAAAGAGUCACUUCCUGUCAGGUCUCUGGUUCUGGGCGAUGUCCAGCGACCCGGCUCAGAGGCUGCCUACAGAGUAGGACCCCUGCGUUGUCAUGGAGACAAAAACUUCUGGAACGCUGCGUUUUUUGAUAAGGAGACAUCUUACCUUCACUUCCCCACCUUCCACGGUGAGCUGAACGCGGACAUCUCCUUCCUCUUUAAAACCACAUCGUCUUCUGGGGUGUUCCUGGAAAAUCUGGGUAUCAAGGAUUUCAUCCGCAUAGAACUCAACUCCUCGACUGAGGUCGUGUUCUCCUUUGAUGUGGGCAACGGGCCGCUGGAGGUGCGAGUGGAGGCAAACAUCCCUCUGAACGACGACCGGUGGCACAGCGUGCGAGCCGAGAGAAACGUGAAGGAGGCCUCACUUUGCGUCGACGAGUUUCCCGCCACAACGCAGGAGGCUCCUGCUGAUGGACACAUUCAUCUGCAGCUCAACAGCCAGUUAUUCAUAGGAGGGACUGCAUCUAGACAGAAAGGCUUUCUGGGCUGCAUCCGUGCUCUGCAGCUCAACGGUGUCACUCUGGACGUGGAGGAGCGGGCGAAGAUCACCCCCGGGGUGCGACCCGGGUGCCCGGGCCACUGCAGCAGCUACGGCUCCCUCUGUCAGAAUCACGGUCGCUGUGUGGAGAAGUCCAACAGUUUCUCCUGUGACUGUGGUCAGUCUGCCUACACUGGAGCCUUCUGUCAUCAAGAGGUUUCGGUCAGCUUUGACCCGUGGAUGUCCAUCACCUACAUCCUCAAGGAGCCGUACGAUCUGAGCAGCAACAGCAGCGUCAUACCUUCAUCCAUCUACACUGAUAUGUCGCUGCGAGGAGAAAACAUCUCCUUGAGCUUCAGGACCCUACAGAGUCCGGCUCUGCUGCUCUAUGUCAACUCUUUCUUCAAAGAAUAUCUGGCACUGCUCAUCAACAGACACGAUGAAUUGGAAAUGAGGUACAAGUUGCACAGCAGCAGAGAUGUGGAGGUGUUGGCCAGCAGAGUUACAAACCUGGCUGAUGGACGUCUGCACACCGUGAAAAUCUGGAGACUGGCAGACACGGUGUCUGUGCAGAUCGACCGGAAUACCAGAGAGGACUUCAACUUGACAUCUGAUGUGGAAUUCAACAGCAUCAAGUCGCUUAUUCUGGGCAGAGUGCAGAAGUCUGAUGAGCUGGAUACGGAGCUGGUUGGUUUGGCCUCUCUAGGAUUCACCGGCUGUCUGUCAGCCGUUCGCUUUAACUCCUUCGCUCCUCUGAAAGCCGCCCUGCUGCUCACCGACAGCCACGUCACCGUCAAGGGCCCACUGGUCCUGUCGAGCUGUGGAUCCUCCUCUGCGGCCAAGCCCUCCACAGCAGAAACCACACACUCCUUAUCAGAUCAACCUGGUUCAGUCGACCCAGGUCAGCCUUUAGUCAACGCCAUGAGGAGCGACUCCGCUGUAAUUGGAGGUGUCAUCUCUGUGGUGAUAUUUGUCACCGUGUCUGCGUUGGCGGUCAUGGCCAGAUUCGCGUGCACUCGAAAAGAGACGUAUCGGAACCAAGAAGUGAAAGCGGCGCAGCCCGAGGACGCUCGCGAGUUUCCCUUCAGCAGCCAGGCGGACUCUCCGAGAGUGGACAGUGAAAGCCAAAAGGAGUAUUUCAUUUAGACGGAGGCCCUAAACUCCCACUGAGCUGACAGGACAGAGUGGGAUCAUUUACGGAGCGCUCGGUGCUCUACACGACACAGUCACUGGUACCAGUGCAUGAACCGGAUGUCAAGUCAGAAACUGAACAUUUUGUGAUUUUAUGUGUUACCAUCUCUCUGUACAAAUCGUACCUUUUUGCACAAACCGGCACACAUGUUGAAAGUGGACUCAUCCGAGGAUGUAAAUAUCUAAAAAGUACAUGUUGAUUUGACUGCUGUCACUUUAUUUCUCUCUGCCACACUUAGACGUUAGCAAUCGUUUGUUAAAAAAGGCGGGAAAAAAAAAAAGCUAAAUAAGUGUGACGAUCAGAACACAACUUUGUUUAAGUUGAACCAGACUUUUGGACUUCACUUUUCCUGCACUUUUUCUACUCGUACGCUCAAACGUCUGUGGAUUUUGAGAUGCAAGAGCCAUUAUGUGAAAAAUGAAAAUGUCACUAUUAAAAAAGAAGGUGUAUCCGAAUGACGUGAAUCUUUCACGUCUCUCAGCCUCAGCACAUCCCAGAAUCAGCUGAAACUCAACACGACAACAUGGAAGUCACUCUCAAAACUUGAUUUUCACACUUCAACUUAGUCAGAAUUCUUCUUUCCAUCAUGAGCAAGAGAUUUACAAUGAGCUUCUUCUUUUUUUUUUUUUUUUACUUCCUGUCAGCGCCGCCUGCUGUGACCAGCCAGCACCAGAAGUCUGGAAGUUUCUUUGAGCCCCGACGCUUUAAAAGCACGAGUGAGAAAGCACUGACUGUCACCUUUCCUGCUCUGCAGACAUUUAAUAGGCUUUUGCUGAAGCACUAAUCUGCGUUUGUCUGACAGGUAGAAUAAGAGAUAAUCACAGCAGGUAAUAGAGAAAAGUUGUGGAGGACCCGACAGCAAGGUAGAAAGAAUGCAAUGAAAGCCAGCCAUCCAAAUAUUAAUGAUGGGUAUUUAUUCUUCACUUUCUGUGCAGUGCUGUGGAUUUACAGGCAGACAAAUGGAGAGAAAAUGCAUUUUUUUCCUUCUCAGUAAUGGUGUCAUGCAUGAUGAUUAUCUCAAUGCAGCAAAAUUGAAGUAUUUGUUCUUUGUAUCUAUCACACUGUGUUAAUUUCUCAUAAGUAAUGUUUUUAUUUUCUACUCUUCAGCUCAUAAAAAUAUCUCACUGCAGUAUUAUACAGUUCAAAGAUUUUACAUCUGUGUUUUGUUUUUUUUUUCCCCUGGGUAGAAAUCAAUAAAGAAUA